AGUAAGUAUAAACCGCUACUCCAAGUAGCAAUUUUCCGCUAAAAUUGUAAAAAAAAAUAAAAUUAAAUCCCUCAAACCAGUGAAGUGGACAAUAAAGUGGGAAUAUAUGAAGAAAAAAAAAUCUGUACUCAAGAAAUUGAGUCUUUUGCUAACAUUAUUUAAGGAGAGGGUUUUAACAGAAUGUCGAAAUUCAUGUAAAAAAAAAAGAAUGUUGAAAUUCAAAUUAUUGUAAAUCUAAGUAUAAUCGUACAUUACGCGGGACUUACCUCCGUAAGACCGUAACCAAAAACAAAACUUGACUCGGACCGAACCCAACACCCGAUUCAACAAAAGUACAAAACCAAACCCUGGUCCCCGGAAAACUAUCUUUCAAAUUGGGUGUUCUCACUCUUUACAGCAGCAAACGUUCAAGAAAGGAAGGAGAGAGAGAGAAAAGGAAGAGACAAUGAUGAAUCAAACAGGAAUGCAGAAGAACACACUUUACGUAGGAGGAUUAGCAGAGGAAGUUAACGAAUCCAUUCUUCAUGCCGCAUUCAUCCCUUUUGGAGAAAUCAAAGAUGUCAAAACCCCACUUGAUCAAGCUACCCAGAAACACAGAUCCUUUGGUUUCGUUACUUUCUUGGAGAGAGAAGACGCUUCUGCUGCCAUGGAUAAUAUGGAUGGUGCUGAGCUUUAUGGUCGUGUUCUUACUGUUAAUUACGCUCUUCCUGAGAAGAUUAAGGGUGGUGAACAAGGAUGGGCUGCUCAACCUAUUUGGGCGGACGCUGAUACAUGGUUUGAGAGACAGCAGAUGGAAGAAGAAAUGCAACGUCUCCAGGCUGAGCACAAAGCUUCAAUAGAAGCAGCUGAGGAAUUGCACAGAAAGAAAUUGGCCGAGGAUCGAGAAGGAGAAAAAGAGGAUGACCCCAUGGCUAAGGCUGAAGCAGAGGUCUUACAGCAAAAUCGGAGUUGAUAUCCGAAUUUUUUUUUACUUGGAAAGAAAAAUAGAUGGGGAGGUGUUUGACAUCAUCAGACACACUUUUACUUGUGAUUUUGCUUCUAGAGAUUACCUAGAUAGAUGUAUAAACAACGGCUUUAGUGAUGAAUGGAAGUGUUUUGCAAAGUGAUUAUUCUAUUGCCUGGAUAGAUGUACAAACAACGGCUUUGGUGAUGAAUGUAACUGUUUUGCAGCUAUAGUUUAGUAGGUGUCUGACAAUCUAAUGUGUACUGCACCUGUCAUCUUUCUCCAGCCCCCUGCAUCAUGCUAGGGAUUUGUAUUUUCCCGGAACGAUUGUGGCUAGCUUCUUUAGGGGUUGGGGGUGUUUCACCACUCCAGUUAGCUAGAAUGAAAAAUCUCUUGUGCAUUAGGUCAA